AUCUAAAACGGAAGAGACGAGUGAGUUCACAUAGUUAAGAACGCCGUACAAAGGUGAAAACGGCUAUGAAAACCGUCUUUCCGCUUUUAGCAACCCAAACCAAAACCUUCUCUCUGAUUCUUCCGUCCAACGAAUUCAGUUUUCAGCUACAACUUUCUCGUUCUUUUCUUUUCAGCAAUACUUUCGUUUUUUUUUUCUCUAAAUUAUUUCCAUUUCCAGAAUUUUAAAUUCUCACUGCGUCAACUUCAGAGCUGAGUUGCCCCUGUUUUGUUGAAUUCUAUGAGCAGGGAUUUCGUCAUGGUCGAGGAUUUUAAGGUCGGUUAGACUCGCUGCCACUCUCACCAAACCCAUUUCUAGGGUUCACGUGUUAGAAAUCCUCAAUUGCUUUGUCAAAAUUGUCGUCUACCUCAAUUUUUUUUUUUAAACUAUGUUAACAGUUCACACAUAAUAACGAGGAUUGGAGUCCCUCACAAUUUGCCGGUCGUUGACAAGAUUUUCGAAAUUCUAGGUCCCUUGUACUUUACGCCGUUUUAUUCCUCAACAUUCAGGUUUUGGGAACCCUAACUAAGUUCCUUGUUAUUGAGUUAACUUUGUGGGUUUCUUAAUGGCUUGUUGUUUUUAAGGUGUAUGUUUGAAAUGUAUUUUCUCCUCUAUAUCUAGUUCCAGUUGUGUUGUGGCUUUUUGUGGAUUGGAAUUCUCUUUGGGGUUUGGAUGCGUAGCUUUGAGGUAUGGGAACCUCGGCCUUUAAGUUGUUGUUUAUGGAUCCGGAUUCUCUAUAGUGUGAAGACUGUAGAAAAUGAGUUAGAGAGAUGGAUAUGAUGGCGUUAGAUUAAUAAUUAAUAUUUAACAUAUAUCGAGAUUGUAAAAGGACUUUAAAUCAGCUCAACGAAAUGCAAUCAGGAAAUACGAAAGCAGUUGCAUAUCCUGGCUUGGGCAUGGGCUUCCAACUUACCAUUCUCAAAAAUCUGCUGUUGUGAUGUUACUUCGAGAGUGCUGGUGAAUAUGGAAGCGGCGUCUCAUGCAAAUUUUUACACAGAGGAACUCUAGCAUUGGUUAAAUUUUUCAGGAAGUUUGAUUUCCAAACCAAGUAUGGAAUACCCCUUUUCCUCCAAGGAAAGAGAAAUUGGGGAUUGGCAAUCUUCGGGAACUCAGUUGGUGGGAUCAACAUCAUUAGAUGGCAGAAUGAGCAAUUCAAUAUCAGAGGAUAUGCCCAAUAGCUUCUCAGAGCUCAUGAACUUUGAUACUUAUGCUGGUUUGUGCAACAGCCCAUCCAUAUCUGAUCAGAUUUUGGCUAAUGAGCUUCCGUCAUUUGCUUCAUUACCCUAUUCAUUGCCUGAUGGAUUCAACCUAGUCCAACAGAACAAUGGGCAAUGCUAUAUGUCAGGAGCUGGCAGAAAUGACAACGAUAUGGAAAGCCCCCGCAUUUAUGGGGAGAAAGUUGCCUGUCAGCAAGUGGACACCCUUCUUGGUUUCUUAAAUGAUGAAAAUGAAGCAAAUAAGUUGAAUUCUAAGUUAAAAAUUAAUGACUCUUCUCAACAUCUGAACAACUCUGAUGCAGGAAAUUAUAUAAUGUCCAGGCCACCUGCUUUAUCACUUGAUGAGAGAAUGCUGAGGGCUUUGUCCUUCUUUAAGGAAUCAGCUGGAGGGGGAAUAUUGGCACAAGUUUGGGUACCCAUAAAGGAUGGUGACCAAUUCAUCUUAAGCACGAGUGAACAACCUUAUUUGCUAGAUCAAAUGCUUGCAGGGUACCGUGAAGUGUCCAGGACAUUUACAUUUUCUGCAGAAGGAAAAUCUGGUUGUUUCCUAGGACUUCCUGGUCGUGUAUUUACCUCCAAAGUUCAUGAGUGGACGUCAAAUGUUGGUUAUUACAGUAUGAAUGAGUACCUAAGGUUCGAGCAUGCAAUUAAUCACCAUGUUCGUGGAUCAAUUGCAUUUCCCAUUUUUGAUUUGCACUCGGAAUUUCUAUGUUGUGCUGUACUGGAAAUUGUGACUACAAAGGAAAAGCCAGAUUUCAACAGAGAAUUUGAAAUUGUUUCCCGUGCACUCCAGAAUGUAAAUUUAAGCACUGCCAAGCCUCUUCGAUGUCUUCCCCAGUGUCUUUCAAACAACAAAAAGGCUACAUUGACUGAGAUAGUUGAUGUGUUACGUUCUGUCUGUCAUGCACAUAGAUUACCGCUGGCACUUACAUGGCUUCCCUGUUGUUACACUGAGGGAUCAAGAGGUGAAGCUACAAGGAUACGAAUUAAAGGGUGCCAUUCAACUAUUAGUAGAAAAAGCAUACUCUGCCUUGAAGAAUCUGCUUGCUAUAUAACUGAUAGAGCACUGGCAGGAUUUGUCCGUGCAUGCACAGAACAUCAUAUUGAGGAAGGGAAAGGUAUAGCUGGGAAAGCUCUUCGAUCAAAUCAUCCUUUCUUUUGUCCUGAUGUGAAGGCAUAUGAUAUUAGUGAAUAUCCACUUGUCCAUCAUGCACGCAAGUAUAAUUUGAAUGCUGCAGUUGCAAUUAGGCUAAGGAGUACUUAUACCAAUCAUGAUGAUUACAUAUUGGAAUUCUUUCUGCCUGUUAACAUGACUGGGGGUUCAGAGCAGCAACUUUUAUUAGACAACCUCUCAGGUACCAUGCAGAGAAUUUGUAGUAGUUUGAGGACUGUGUCAGAUGCUGAAUCAUCAAGAAUAGAAAGUUCACAAGAAGGAUUUGAAAAGAAAAAUGCCCCCUAUUUUUCUCCUUUGUCACGUCAGAACUCUGGAGUACCAUUAAUAAAUGGUGACUAUCAUUCUGUCCCAAAGAUGUCAUUGACAGCAACUAACGCUGGAGACAAUGAAAUUGAGCCUUCUGCUAUUCAGGGAAGAAAUGGAGCAAAAAGACAGGUCCAGAAAAAUAGAAGUACAUCAGAGAAGAAUGUUACCUUGAGUGUUCUCCAACAAUACUUUUCUGGUAGUCUGAAGGAUGCUGCAAAAAACAUCGGUGUUUGCCCGACAACUCUGAAAAGGAUAUGUAGGCAACAUGGAAUCUCAAGGUGGCCGUCCCGCAAGAUUAAUAAAGUGAAUCGAUCACUGAAGAAGAUACAGACUGUGCUCGACUCUGUCCGAGGAGUGGAGGGAGGGUUGAAGUUUGAUCCCUCUAUGGGGGCAUUCGUGGCAAGAGGGUCAAUCAUCCAGGAAACUGAUGCACAUAAAAGUCUUCUGUUUCCUGAGAAAAGUAUUAUAAAAGACCCUGCACCUAUUACACAAGAAGCAGUCCCGGUACCAUCUGCACCUUGUAAUGAAGUUGAGAAUUUUUCAUUUAAGAUGGAGGAAAAAUUGAAGAAAACCAAUGCUUUUUCCGUUGGCUGUUGUGAAGAUUCAAAAUCAGUGGCAAUUGACGAUGGGUCAUGCGAAAUGGAAAGCCUUUGCACCAAGGUGCAGAAUUGUCCUGAGCAAGCUUGUUUGGGCUCUGUUCUUGCAAAAGAACAAGAUAAAUGGACUCGGAACAAGAGUGGUUUGAGAGUAGAAAACUUUAAAUGCAGUAUUCUUGGUCAGAGUUCAAAUUCCUUGAUUGGUAAGGAGAUGGACAUUGGUGUAGAUGGGGAUGCUGGGGUUGUUGAACCUAACCACCCCAGUUCCUCAAGCUUGACAGACUCAUCUAAUGACUCUGGUUCAAUGAUGCAUAGCAUUUCAUCAGGUUCUCAGAGCUUCAAGAACCAGAAUCAGUCCAAAGUUAAGUCAACCAUCGUUGAUAGUGGGUCAAAACUAAUUGUCAAAGCUAUCUAUAGAGAAGACACCGUUCGAUUCAAGUUCGAUCGAUCUGCUGGUUGUUUCAGGUUAUAUGAAGAAGUUGCAGCAAGAUUCAAACUACAAACUGGGUCAUUCCAGCUGAAAUAUCUAGAUGAUGAAGAGGAAUGGGUGAUGUUGGUGAAUGAUGCUGAUUUGCAAGAGUGUCUAGACAUAUUGGAUGAUAUUGGUACAUGCAGCGUCAGGUUUCUUGUCCGUGAUUUGCCUUCCAUUUUAAGCAGUUCUGGCAGUAGUAAUAGCUACUUGGGAGGCAGCUCAUAGAUGUGGUUGGCGACUUCAAUGUGAAAAUUAAAGUCUCACUUUGACAAGAUGAUGUUAGUUUUUCGGAAUCUUCUAAAGGUUCUGCAUCUUGAGGAGUUUGAAUGUUAGCCACAAGCCACCUACGCCAAGUGAAAAGCUUCAAUUAUCCAAACGUAGUGCAUUGUCAAAUUAUCAUUUCUGAAUAUCUUUUUGGAAGAUAGAAAGGUGCGGUUCAUUGGAAGUAUUGCGUGUUAAAUUCAUAGUUCUGUACAUAUCGAUCGAACACAUAGCAGCAGAAUAGAAAUUUGUAGUGGUAGUGGCAGUAAUCAGGACUGAGGUAAACAGUUCUGCAAUGCUGUGAUCGCACUCUGUAAUUGUAAAUAGACAGUAUCUGGAUAGAUUGAUUCUCAAUGACAUAAUAUAGCUAAAGUAUGGUUGUAUGGAUAAAAGAGGACAAAUCCAAGUUACGUGGCUACAACGACUACUAAUUCAGUAUCGCCCCAAGGCGAUUAUAAAAGUUAUUGUAGAUUUGGUGAU